AUGUGGACGAUUCUCAACGCCCCAGAGAAGCCACCAAAAACCGCCGAUGUUGUCGAAGAAUGUUGGCUCAGAGCCGUUGAUCACUUCAACAAUCACCUCACUAAAGAUCGACAAAAGAAGCUCAAGGUUGAGGAGCUCGGCAAGAAAUUCGACUGCUGCACUCUUGGACAGCUGGCAAGGUCGAUCGAGGCCAACCGACGACCCGUGAAUGAUUCAGACCGGGGUUGGAAAAGUACCUUGCGCACCAUCAUCCGCAAAUUGAACGAUUGUGCACCCGUCGGUGAUGUCCUUGUAGCGCCUCAACCCAUUGUGGCAGCUCUAGUUUGGGGAGCCAUUCGCCUCUGCUUGCAGUUGGGAGCCUCCUACAUCCAAUCUCUAGACGACAUUGGACAUGCGCUGGUGGUGAUUGCGGGAAGUACCGGUAUCUACGAACAAGUCGCAUGCACCUUUAAGGACCAUCGGGAUAUCCUGGAUCAAAUUGCCGAAUACUUUGCCCAUAUUCUCGGCUAUCUCGUCCGUCUCGAGAUUCAAAUCAGUCGAAGGGGAAUAGCUGGCGUGCUCAGAGGGAGUAUCUCGUUGAAGCUGAAUCGUUGCUUCUCUGACCUCAAGGCUCUGGAGCUUCGACUUGACCAGCGCAUCACACAUACCAUACACCAAGGACACAUUGUACAUGAGACUAGGGUUACCGACGAAAUCAUUGCUCAGGAAAAAUUCCGCGAAGGUGAGUAUACAUCCUGA